UUUGGAUGGAAAUACCUGUUCUAAUCGUUGACACAUCUUAGGGAGUCUUUGUCGGUCGAAAACAAGUCAGUUACUAUUGUGGCGAUAAACGGUACUAUCAUGUUUCAUAUCCUCAAUCAGAGAGAAAUACAAAAUACUGAAAUGAUGUGGUUGGUUUCCCCUUGAAUGGAGUGCUGAUGACAGUGUGGUUCCCGAGUAGCACAUUGCAUGCGUGUUUUCUUAACGUUGGAUCCAAUGAUGUUCAAUAAUAUCCAUUUCGUAUGAAGUCGCAUUAGUGUGAAACGAUCCAUAAGAAUAAUUUCCAAAACAUGUAGCAGUGAUAUUCUUUUUUAAAUCUCGUUUUACGUUUUGAAUCAUCCCAACGAAAAAAGGCAAACCCAUGGAGAUAUCCGAGUCGACAAAAGCGGUGUUUUUUGUUAGCCGCAUAUUCGGGUUGGCACCGUAUGUGGUAAAAAGAACAACCAAAGGACAAAUUGUGGAUUACAAGCGAAAUCUAGUGUUGGUGAUUUACAGCCUGUGCAUCGUGUUUUGUUUAGCUGCAUUAACGUACAAAGGCAUAUUCUUUGAUAUCAAUUCGAAAAAACCGAUACGUUUCGUUAUUAGAAUGAAGACGGCUACAUCGAAAGUGGUGACUACGCUGGAUGUAUCGGUCGUUGUUUCCGCUUGCAUUUGCGGCAUCUUUUGCGGUAUAUUUGGUCUUUCAUUCGUGAGAGAGCUUAAUCAACGAUUAAACGAGGCGGACGAUAUGCUUUCGAUGUACUUCGCUGCCGGAGAAAAGGAAACGAAGAAACGAAAAGGUUUCACGAUGCUGACCGUGGUGGGUGUCAUCAUAACAGGUGCUCUAGCUCUUGACAUUUGGGUCUGGUAUCGGAUAGCGGAGAAAAUAAAGAAGGAAAAUCAAGACUCAGGUGCUAAUGUCUUAGGAUAUUGUCCUUUUUACGCUCUAUAUUAUAUAUUGAUGAUGUUUCACGUGCUAUUCGCGCAAUCGGCGUUAGGUUUAAACCGCCGGUUCCAUCGCCUCAACUUGACUCUCUAUCACGUAUUUCCGGAAUUUCACAAAACACCCAUAAUUGAGAUAACAUCGGUGUCAUCGGCCAACAAUGCCUUGGAUAUGCUGGAAAACAUAAUGGAGCCGCGGAAUGGCUUGGUCUCUGUUUCACACGGAUACAAACGCACCUCUAUUCCACAGAAUCGGAUUAUUGAGGAUCUGGCCUAUAUCCAUGCCUCAUUAUCGACAGGGGUGGUUUUGGUUUCAAAUACGUUUGGCGUAGCACUCCUUGCGGUUUUGGGUUCAUGCUUACUUCAUCUGGUGGCUACUUCGUACUUUCUAAUGGUGGAGCUUGUGGGUGAUAAGGAUGCGGUGUUCUCCUGGAUCCAGGCACUGUGGUUGUUUAUUCACAUUUUCCGUUUUCUGCUUACAGUAGAGCCAUGUCACAUCACAAAUGUUGAGUCCCGACGGACGAUGACCAUAGUUUGUAAUUUGAUGAGAAUCUGUAAGGAUCCUCUGACGAAAGAACGUUUGGAGAAUUUUUGGCGCCAGCUUGUAGACAAUAACUCUGUGUUCACCGCAUGCGGUUUGUGCACGAUCGAUAGACAUAUAAUCACGUCGUACUGUGGAGCCAUCGCAACGUACCUUGUGAUUUUGAUCCAAUUCAAAGAAGCUGACGAUAAACCGACUUCAUUGACGCACAGAUCGGUAAGAUUGAUACCAUGAAAUGAACAGCCAUAAUGAGAUUUUGGGCUUUUGAUGAGAUUGUUAGGAAUCGAUGUUUGACUGUUAUACUACAUUUAUAUAUUAAACACAAAGAAAUAAAACAGAUAAUAUGAAAUGUUGGUACAUGUCAUAUGUAA